UUGUCACCAGGAACUACUCCACCCUCAUCGCUUUCGCCGUCGGUGGCCAGUUCCAGCCCGGGAAUGGUUUCAGCUUGCUGGGGGCCCACACCGACAGCCCCUGUCUCAGGGUGAAGCAGCGCUCGAAGCGAGGACAAGUAGGCAUCAUGCAGGUCGGUGUGGAGACCUAUGGAGGGGGCAUCUGGAACACCUGGUUUGACCGGGACCUCACUGUGGCCGGGAGGGUGAUCAUAAAGGACCCGGCCACGGGGCGCCUGGAGCAGCGCCUGGUACGUGUGGAGCGGCCCGUCCUCCGCAUUCCCCACCUGGCCAUCCAUCUGCAGCGGAGCAUCAAUGAGAACUUCGGGCCCAACACUGAGCACCACCUGGUUCCCAUUCUGGCCACUGCUGUGCAGGAGGAGCUGGAAAAGGAGGUGCUCAUGGAGGCCACCCCUUGUGAUGCCUCAGCCCAGGCAGAGCGGCACAGCCCUGUCCUGCUUUCUCUGCUCUGCCCCCAGCUGGGGGUGAAACCAGAGCAGAUCGUGGAGCUGGAACUAUGCCUGGCAGAUACGCAGCCAGCGACGCUGGGUGGUGCCUUCGAUGAGUUCAUCUUCUCCCCACGCCUGGACAACCUGCACAGCUGCUACUGCGCCCUGCAGGCCUUGAUCGACUCAUGCGCGGCUCCCUCCUCCCUCUCCCAGGAGCCCAAUGUGCGCCUCAUUGCGCUCUACGACAACGAGGAGGUAGGGUCGGAGAGUGCACAGGGCGCAGAGUCCCUGCUGACGGAGCUGGUGCUGCGCCGGAUCUCAGCAUCACCACAAAACCUGACAGCCUUCGAGGAGGCUGUGGCCAAGUCGUACAUGAUCAGUGCCGAUAUGGCCCACGCUGUGCACCCAAACUACGUGGACAAGCAUGAGGAGAAUCAUCGACCAGCCUUCCACAAGGGCCCUGUCAUCAAAGUGAACAGCAACCAGCGCUACGCCUCCACAGCUGUCACCGAGGCAGUCAUCCGGGACAUCGCCGCCCGCGUGGGUGUCCCUCUGCAGGAGUUCAUGGUGCGCAACGACACGCCCUGCGGCACCACCAUUGGCCCCAUUCUGGCCUCCCGCCUGGGGCUGCGUGUACUGGACAUUGGCUGCCCGCAGCUGGCCAUGCACUCCAUCCGAGAGAUGUGCUGCACCUCGGGGGUGCUCCAGAGCAUCACCCUCUUCAAGGCAUUCUUCGAGCUCCUGCCAACGGUCAGCAGCAGCCUGGUGGUUGACUGAGCACUGUGGGGAGGAAGCAUCUGUGGGUUCAGCCCUGGGGCCAUUAAAGCAUCUCUAUCUCAUCA